AUGGCUACCGUAUUUAAUCUCUUUCCCUCCCUCCCAACGGAGAUCCGACUCCUCAUCUGGAGAGCAUGCUUGCCCAGUCGAUUUCAACCCACAAUCAUGUUCAACCACUGUCUGUUGGAUUGCAAUGUCUCCUAUGUCAAUGAUACUUGCCACCGCUUUAUGUAUCUGAUUAGAUCAACAAAUCCAACAGCUUACUCGGUAUGA